AUGCAUUUCCAAACCAUCGCUCCAGUCCUCGGGUCUUUGGCCCUCGCCUCGCUCGUUGCCGCGGUUCCAGUUCAAAAGCGCGGGUUCAUCGCAUAUGGUGAUCGUGGCGAUCACAUCAAAGCCUGGCAAGACUCAUCGUCCUCUUCCGUCGCACCUUGGGGCUCCCAAGGUACAGCCUCCGGUGGCCCUGGUGGCGGAUACCCUGCACCGACCGCCUCGGGCUCUGCUCCCCAACAGACUGGCGGCUCUGCUCCACCUACGUCCAACUCGGGCGAUGACCCGUUCAAGUUCCCUCUCUCCAAUGGCUUUCCCGUCAUCCAGGCGGGUUCGCCACAGCUUAAUGCCAUCGAAGAUCAAGCGCAUGGUCUCCUUCCCAACGGCCCUCCUCCGCCAACCCCUCCCGCCGAUGACGAUCUCACGUCUCUGCGUCUGAUUGCCUUCAACGAGUUGUGGGAGGUGGCUUUCUUCACCGAACUGCUGGCCAACAUCACGAACAACGUGGCGGGGUAUCAAUUCCAGGACGGCGCUCAGAAGCAAGCCUUGGUCAAUGCCAUCACAGCAAUUCAAGCCCAGGAGGAACUGCACACCCUCAAUGCCAACAACGCCCUCGCGCACUUCAACGCCGGCCCCAUCCAGCCGUGCGAGUAUAUUGCGGGAGUGGACAAUCUGCAAGACGCCAUCAGUCUGGCCUCGACCUUUACCGACGUCGUGCUCGGCACGCUGGGCGACGUGCAGACCCACUUUGGCCAGAACGGCGACGCCGGGCUGAUCCGCGGGGUGGCAGCCGUCAUCGGACAAGAAGGCGAGCAGAAUGGCUUCUACCGCAGCCUGCUCGGCGAGCUCCCCAGCCAGGCUCCGUUCUUGACCGCAUCGGCGCGCGAAUUCGCCUUCUCCAAACUCAACCAGCAGUUCGUGGUGCCCGGCUCAUGCCCCAACAGCAACACCAUCGCCCUGCCCGUCUUCGGCGUCCUGAACUUGUUGACCUCGGACGUCAAGGCGCAAGACCAGUCUCUGCAGUUCUCCUUCUCCGCGUCCGGCCAGUACAGCAAGUACAGCUCGACCCAGGGCCUGAGCCUGGUCUUGAUCAACCAGCAGAACGUGCCCGUCGUCGAGCCCAUCACCCAGGCCCAGGUCGCCAAGGACGGCACCGUCAACUUCUCCGCCAACUUCCCCUUCAACGAGUUCAAGAUGCACGGCCUGACCAUUGCCGUGGUUGCCCAGGGUUCGUCUUUUGCCACCGUGGCCGACGUUGCCAAGGCUACUGUGUUUGGUCCUGCCUUGAUUGAGGUCGACUAG